AUGAAACUUAGGGGUGAACUCCGUUACGCCCUCUCUCUCUCUCUCUCUCUCUCUCUCUCAAUGACGACGACCACCGAAAACGCCGCCGUGCCACAACCAGUUACCGCGUUUUCUUCUCUGAAGCGGAAGCGGCCACCGAUGAUUGAAAUCCCAAACGUCCUGCAAGAAAUCAAAACCGACAAGCACCGCGACUUCGCGCCCCCAAACGGCGUCGUUUGCUUCGGCGGCGACGGAGUCGCGGUCUCCUCCGCCAAAGGCAAGAAGAAGUUUAUGGAAGACGCGCAUAAGAUAGUUCCCUGUUUACAAGGCAGCUCCAAUAGAGGUUUUUUUGGGGUGUAUGAUGGCCAUGGUGGUAGUAAGGCUGCAGAGUUUGCUGCUGAGAAUUUGCAUAGUAACAUUCUUGAAAUGAUGAAAGGUUGUACUGAAAAGGAAGAGGCGUUUAGAGCUGGGUAUCUCAAAACAGACCAGGAGUUCUUGAAUCAGGGUGUUGGGAGCGGUACUUGCUGUGUGACUGCCUUGGUUGAUGAGCAGGAGGUGGUUAUUUCGAAUGUGGGAGAUUGUAGGGCUGUUCUCUCGAGAGGUGGAGUGGCCGAAGCUCUUACAAUGGAUCAUACUGCGGCGCAGGAGAGUGAACGCCAGAGAAUACAGGAUAAGGGAGGAUAUGUGGAGUUCCACAGAGGAGCAUGGAGGGUCCAUGGGGUUCUUUCUGUAUCAAGAAGCAUUGGAGAUGCUCAUCUGAAGGACUGGGUGCUGGGUGAGCCUGAAACGAAGAUCUUAGAGAUGACUCCAGAUAUGGAAUUUGUUGUAUUGGCUUCGGAUGGUCUGUGGGAAAAGGUUGGCAACCAAGAAGUGAUUGACAUGGUGACACGAAUAUGUUCAGCUCAAAAGAAAAUGGCACCUCCAGGAAACGGGCUGAAAGAGAAUAAUGAGGAUCUUUGGUGUGACUAUGGGUAUGUCAAUGUAAGCCCUUCAUCGAAGUUGCGAAGGAUCUCUUUGGUUAAGCAACCAAAAGGAACCCAAUCUCCAGGCUACAAGAAGACACUAUUCGAAUUUCAAGAUGCUGAUAAUGACUGUUCAAGUGAGAAUGAGAGCUCUCUAUCAAAGUCAAGGAGAUUAUCAAUGGUAAAGCGAGUAAAUAUUAAGAAUGAAUCUCCCAUCAAGGAGAAGAAGAACAAUGGACAUAUGAUGAGACCUGCCUCUGGUGGACUGGUGACUGCUUGCAAGGAGCUUGUGAACCUUGCUUUGAGUAGGGGUAGCUUGGACGACAUCACUGUUAUGAUAAUUGAUCUCAAUCAUUUUAGAUGCAUUCCUUCUUGCUUUUCGGCCGGUGCAGCUCAUCAGAGGCCGGUGGAGCAUGAUCCGGCCGGCGUGAUCAGGUCAGGGCAGAGCUUGGUUAUGUCAGUUUAUAGUACAAAGAUUGCUGGUCAGUGCCGUUUGAUCACUAUUACUUGGUGCAAGAACUUACUGCUACAUGGGCUCUCUGUUUCCGUUCAAGGCCAAGAUGGAGAGGAUGACUAUAGAUGCAAGGUUGAGCUGAAGCCAUGGUACUUUUGGAGGAAGACAGGCGCUAAACAGUUCAUGGUGGAUGGUAUCACAGUUGAUGUAGCAUGGGACUUGAAAGCUGCCAAGUUCAAUGGUGAAACAGAGCCGCAGUCGGACUAUUAUGUUGCCAUUGUGUGUGAAAAAGAGGUGGUUCUGCUUGUUGGUGAUCAGAAGAAAGAUGCAUAUAGAAGAACAGGGUGCAGACCAUCACUGAUUGAGCCAAUCUUGGUUUCAAGGAAGGAACAUUUGUUUGGUAAGAGGAAGUACUCAACAGGGAUCAAGUUUCAUGAAAAAGGAAAGGGGAAGUUUCAUGAGAUUUUAAUCGAGUGCAACAACAACAACAAUUCGGUAACCGGGUCAAGAGCUGAUCCAGAAUUGGAGAUAAAGAUUGAUGGGAACCAAGCCAUUCAUGUCAAGCACCUUCAAUGGAAAUUCAGAGGCAAUGAGUCUGUUGAUGUGAACAAUACCAAAGUUGAGGUCUAUUAUGAUGUUCAUGACUGGCUAUUUGGCUCUGGUCCAAGGUAUGGAAUGUUCAUAUUCAAACCAAUACCAUCAGAAUCUGCAGAAAGUUCUUUAUCAACAGCAGCCGCAGUUUUGACUAAUCAUCAAAAAUCAAGAGGUAGAUCAGAAGAUGAGGAUCAUGAUAGUGCAGGUGGGUCAUUUGGAUUUUCAUUAUUGGUUUAUGCUUGGAAAGUGGAAUGAUGAUGUUCAUCAUCAAGCAGAUUAUUCAAGGGGAUCAUGAUCAAGGCUCCACCUUCAUGCAAAGCUAGGACAGUGAGCUUCCAUGGAAGAACAGAUGGGUCCAAGAGAAACUUGGGAGUUUGCUAACAGCUGGAAUUAAAUAAUGUGGACAUGAUUCGACAUUCCAGAUUGGAUCCACAUUUACAUGUCCAAUAAUUUUGUAAUCCCAAUCCACCCAUAUACCCAUUCCGAAUUCCUACCAAGUGUGUCUGAGUUAUCUUCUGUAUUCUUGGUUCUUGUUCUAGUAUAAUUU